CCCUCCUUCUCCGGUGAACAGUCCACUGGAUAGGGUUGGGUUUGCAAGGUGUGCCAAAUGGCGGCAAAAAAAGGACACGUUCUUGAUCCUUAAAUUAACAGCCAUGGUGUCGGGGCGGACCGGAGACUGGGCUGCGCAACUACCAAAGCUCCAAAAACAAAUACUCCCCUGUCUCCUCCUCCUUGAUUAUGUGAGUAAUACAAAUUUGGCGAUUUGCAGGAGCGAUUCAUCACUUGUCGCUCCGCUAGCUAGCUGCCCUGUCUCCUCCUCCCGCGAGAAGCCAAGAAGCAGAGGAGCGCCGGCCGUCGGGCAGCGGCAGCGGCUGCAGCUUCAUCCAUGGCUACGGGGGAGGGGGCGGACGGGACUGGCAGGAGAGGGGUCCCUUCCCUGCUUGCCGACGGCGGGACCGGGCAGGAGGAGCACAUCGCCUCCGACGUCACCCAGCUGAUAGGAUGGACGCCACUGAUCGAGCUGAAGCGGAUCGCCGGGAAGGAGGGGGUGGGUGCCCGCAUCGUCGGCAAGAUCGAGGCCUAUCAGCCCCUCUGCUCCGUCAAGGACCGCAGCGCUCUCAGGAUGAUCGAGGAUGCUGAAGAGAAAGGGCUGAUUUCACCCGGUGUCACGACUCUAGUCGAGCCGACCAGCGGUAAUUUGGGCCUGGGAUUGGUUCUGAUUGCUCUUAGCAAAGGCUACAGGUUCGUCGCGGUGAUGCCGGGCCAAUACUCGCUUGAUAAGCAGAUCUUGUUGAGAUACAUGGGUGCUGAGUUGUUCAUAACUGAUCCAACACUUGGGUUUCCUGGAAUAACCGACAAGGUCGAACAGCUCAAGAAAGAAUUACCAAACGUACACGUUCUUGAUCAGUUCUCAAAUCCAGCAAAUCCUGAUGCACACAUCAGAUGGACUGGACCCGAGAUUUGGAAGGAUACUGCUGGCAAGGUGGACAUAUUUGUUGCCGGUUCAGGCUCAGGAGGCACGGUAUCUGGUGUCGGAAAGUAUCUGAAGAUGCAAAACCCAAAUGUGAAGAUCAUUUGUGUGGAACCUGCAGAGAGUCCUGUUAUUUCAGGUGGAGAACCAGGAAAACAUAAAAUCCAGGGAAUAGGACCAGGAUUCUUACCUGAGAUCUUGGACACCUCGGUCAUCGAUGAGACGGUCACUGUGACCACCGAGGAUGCAAUGACGAAUGCGAGGAGGUUGGCAAUGGAAGAAGGCCUGCUUGUGGGCAUAUCUUCUGGGGCGAACUUGGCAGCUUGCUUGAAGGUCGCAGCAAGAGAAGAGAACAAGGGGAAGAUGAUUGUGACCAUGUUCCCGAGCGGGGGCGAGAGAUACAUGAACUCUGACCUCUUUGCAACUGUAAGAGAGGAGUGUAUUGCCAUGACCUUUUGAUCUCACAUUUUAUGAAUACAAAAGAGUUGUAUGUGAAGGGUAUAUGUCGUCGGUUACCUUAAUGUGUUCCACUGGACGACAUUCCUAUGGAGUUUAACUAUAAGGGAUCAUGAAUUGUUAUUAGUCAUUGAA